UUGGGUAUCUAAUACUUUAUGUCUUUAAGAAAUUGGUGUAAUUCUGAGUCAUAAAAUUCACUUUAUUCUGAGAAUUCAUAAAAGUGUUUGCGUCUGCAAAAGUGUAUAGUGAUUGAAAAAUAUGUGCAACUAUAAAUUAAUUAUUAAUUAAAAUUAAUUUCGUGAAUUUUAUAAAUAAGUUUGCUUACAGGAAGAACACAUAUCGCGAUGGCUUAUCAACCGGCCCAAAAUCGCACAAUGUCACAUAACAACUAUAGUGCAUCGGACUUGCCGAUUUCAUCUUCUAAAGAGCAAACACUGCUCUGGCAGCAGAAUUCUUAUAUGGGUGAUUCUGGUAUUCACUCUGGGGCUGCAACUCAAGUUCCUUCAUUAUGCGGGAAAGAGGAAGACGAGAUGGAUGGCGAUCAUCAACUGAUGUUCGAUUUAGAUCAAGGUUUUCCACAAGGGUUUACACAAGAUCAAGUAGAAGACAUGAAUCAACAACUGAGUCAGACUCGCUCUCAACGGGUACGUGCUGCCAUGUUCCCAGAAACACUUGAAGAAGGAAUUGAGAUUCCUUCAACACAGUUUGACCCAGCACAAGCUACUGCAGUGCAAAGACUUGCUGAACCUUCUCAAAUGUUAAAGCAUGCAGUGGUAAAUCUCAUCAAUUAUCAAGAUGAUGCAGAUUUGGCUACACGUGCUAUUCCAGAACUCAUAAAAUUAUUAAAUGACGAGGAUCAAGUGGUUGUCUCACAGGCUGCUAUGAUGGUUCAUCAAUUAUCUAAAAAAGAAGCUUCUCGUCAUGCUAUAAUGAACAGUCCUCAAAUGGUUGCAGCUUUAGUUCGUGCCAUUUCAAAUUCAAAUGAUUUAGAAACAACUAAAGGAGCUGUUGGGACUUUGCAUAAUUUAUCACACCACAGACAAGGUUUGUUGGCUAUUUUCAAGAGUGGUGGAAUACCUGCUUUAGUGAAACUGCUUAGUUCUCAAGUGGAAAGUGUUCUUUUCUAUGCCAUCACAACUUUACAUAAUCUUCUUCUUCACCAAGAUGGUUCCAAAAUGGCAGUCCGCCUAGCAGGUGGCCUGCAGAAAAUGGUUAAUCUAUUGCAGCGCAAUAAUGUCAAGUUUCUUGCUAUAGUCACAGAUUGUCUUCAAAUUUUGGCUUAUGGUAAUCAAGAGAGUAAAUUAAUCAUCCUUGCUUCUCAAGGACCUGUAGAGUUGGUACGCAUAAUGCGUUCAUAUGACUAUGAGAAGUUGCUGUGGACCACAUCCAGAGUUUUGAAAGUUCUGUCAGUUUGUUCAAGCAACAAACCAGCUAUUGUGGAAGCAGGUGGCAUGCAAGCUUUAGCUAUGCAUUUAGGCAAUACAUCUCAGCGUCUAGUUCAGAACUGCCUGUGGACUUUAAGAAAUUUAUCAGAUGCUGGAACUAAAGUAGAUGGAUUAGAAGGUCUUCUGCACAGUUUGGUUCAAGUUCUUGCAUCUACUGAUGUAAAUGUUGUAACAUGUGCUGCUGGUAUAUUAUCAAACUUAACAUGUAAUAAUCAACGUAAUAAAGUAACAGUAUGCCAAGUUGGUGGUGUUGAUGCUUUGGUAAGAACUAUUGUUAAUGCUGGUGAUCGAGAAGAAAUAACAGAACCAGCAGUUUGUGCUUUAAGGCAUCUUACAUCACGCCAUGUUGAAUCCGAAAUGGCUCAAAAUUCGGUGAGGCUAAACUACGGUGUUCAGGUGAUUGUAAAACUUUUGCAUCCUCCAUCCCGUUGGCCAUUGGUAAAAGCUGUAAUUGGACUAAUACGAAAUCUUGCUCUGUGUCCCGCCAAUCAUGCUCCUCUACGAGAAAAUGGCGCCAUUCACCAUUUGGUUCGUCUGUUGAUGAGAGCUUUCCAGGAUACUCAAAGGCGUACAGCUGUAGCCGGAUCACAGCAAAGUGGAGCAUAUGCUGAUGGAGUUAGGAUGGAAGAAAUUGUUGAAGGCACUGUGGGAGCUCUUCAUAUUUUGGCUAGAGAAUCGAACAAUAGAGCCAUCAUACGACAACAACUUGUUGUACCAAUAUUUGUACAACUCCUAUUCAAUGAGAUUGAAAAUAUUCAGCGUGUAGCAGCUGGUGUUCUUUGUGAGUUAGCAGCUGAUAAAGAAGGUGCUGAAAUGAUAGAGCAGGAAGGUGCUACUGCACCUCUUACUGAGUUACUCCAUUCUCGCAAUGAGGGUGUUGCUACAUAUGCUGCUGCCGUUCUCUUCCGUAUGUCAGAAGAUAAACCGCAAGAUUAUAAGAAACGUUUGUCCAUUGAGCUGACUAACUCAUUAUUCCGCGAGGAUAACAAUCUGUGGGCCAAUGGUGAUUUGGGACUUGGAUCUGAUUUACAAGAAAUGUUAGGAUCAGAUCAGGGUUAUGAUGCAGGGCUGUAUCAACAAGGCGGUGGGCCACCCAGCGUGCAUAGCUCGCAUGGGGGCCAAAACUUUCAACAAACAGGGUAUGACCAGAUACCAAUAGAUUCAAUGCAAGGUUUGGACAUAGGUUCCGCUCAUCAAAAUCCUAAUUCUCCAUAUGCAAUGGACAUGGAUGUUGGUGAUGUAGAUGGGACUGAUCUGAAUUUUGAUCAUCUAGAAACAAUGCCAUCUCCCCCCAUUGACAACAAUCAGGUCGCCGCUUGGUACGAUACAGAUUUGUAAGUGUUAGUAUGUAAAGGACUUUUUAAUUAUUGAUAUGAUUUUUUUUAUAUUGUUCAUACAAAUCUGAAUAUAUAUACACUAAAACCUCCUCAGAGUAAUAAAUUAUUUUUAGAUAAGACUUACAAUACACAUAAAGUGUUUGCAUUACUAUUUAUAAUAUUAAUAAAAGUAAUGUUUUAACUUAUGAUUCAAC